UGGAGUUAAGGAGACUUCGAAUGAUCAGUCAAUGGUUGGAGUCCAGAAUUAUUUGGAGAAGGCAGCACAGAACCUAAAACCCGUUGUUCCCAUCAAGUUCCACAUCUCCAGCCGAACAGAUGCUGGCGUCCAUGCACUCUGCAACUCUGCUCACCUUGACAUCCAGAGGGCACCGGGGAAGCCAGCUUUUAAUGAGAAACAGCUCAUCUACAGUCUUAAUUACCACCUGAAGCCUGAGCCAAUCCGCAUUUUGAAUGUCUAUCGAGUGACCAAUAGCUUCCAUGCACGCUUUUCUGCACUAUCAAGAACCUACAUUUAUCGGCUGUUGAUGGGCUGCACUCAUCAUUCUGAAAUACCGGUGUUCGAAAGGGAUCUCUGCUGGGCUCCUGCAGGAGGGUAA